AUGAAAGUGAUAACGUUUCCUGGCCAGGGAACGCCCGUCGCGCUGAAUGUGUUUAGAUCUUAUUUAGCUGAGGGAAGUAGCGCAUUUCGAGCCGUUUUUCGGGAUAGCGGACGUAUUGGGGUUACACGAACAAUUGAACAGCGGCCGGCAGAUCCCGUGUCGAUUGCAGCGUGUUCGUUCCUACUGUUUGAUUUGUAUCGGAGGAGCCGAAAGAACAACGCCGAAGAGCUCCUCUUUUUAGGUCACUCGCUGGGCGAGUUGGGAUGUCUAGGGGCCGGGAACAGACUUUUCGGACUUUCAGAAACGAUGAAAAUUGCAAGUUUGAGGAACAAGCUUAUGAUAAAUGCCGCAGGUGGGAACAAAUAUGAGCUUUGGGCAAUAUCGGCUCCCCGCUCGCAAAACCUAGAAUGCGAGCUACAGCCCUUGCUACGCGUCACCGACGUCAACCUCGCCAACGUCAACAGUCGAAUGCAGUGCGUAGUGACGGUUCCCCAGGGUUAUACAACGGAUAGUAAAGGGACACCACAGUGGGCUGCCGAGCUGGCUCUGCAGGUGCCGCGAUGUAGAAUUCAGAGGCUUGAAAACCCUUACCAUAUCCCAUUCCACAAUAAGAACAUCCUCCAGGGUAUAGAGGAACCAUUGCUCGACCAUAUGUGGCAAAAGCUCAAAAGCCAGGGCUUACACACAAAGCGUGAGUUGGAGCAUCCAAUCAUAUCCAACUUGAACGGGAAGCGCAUCACCGAUGUCGAUAAGGCGCUCGAAAGCUUUGCAAAGAGCAGCUGCAACGUAGUUAAUUUCGUGGCGUGUUGCGACACCCUAAAUUCGCUGGGCGUCAGCAAGGCAGUCCACAUAGGACCAGGCGAAGUUAUUGGCAAGCUAAUGCACCGGAAUUGUAAGCUCGAAAAGUCACAAGAAUGGAACACUGUCGAAGACAUUACGAAGGAACUUGGCGAUGUUCAGGAUUCUAACUCGUUGGAAUAA